AUAUUGACAAGAAUGAAAAUAACAGUAACAGAAAACGCAAGAAGCCAUUGAAGUCAAUUUAUUACGCAAAACAUCAAAAGAAGGCUGAUCUAACUCGAUCUCUAAAGGUUAGAGUGUACUCAAAUUUUUCACAGAAAACUUUGUUGAAACAAUGGAUGGGUAAAAAUGUUGAAAAUUGUGAUGAUAUUCAAAUCACUAAAAAUCUCAAUAUUGUUGCUAUUGAUCCUGGUAUUCAUACUG